CGCCGAGGCUGGGAAUGAGGGAGAGUAGGGUGACAUCCGCCGGCACCUUAUCGUCCGUACCUUUCACCCAUACUUGGUUUUGAGUGCUGCUUGAUGUGAGUGACAGACGCGGCGUACCAUGUUUCGUCUCCAUUGUUGGGCGUGCGUGUGUGCGUGUGAUCUAGAUGGCCUUCACACGGCGGCUUUUUGACGCCGUCGAGGAUCGAUCCCGCUCCCCCUCCAUAAGAGUCGACGGCAUCCCGCGCAUCAGUCCGUGCCACUAAUGCGAGUUAUCGGUCUCAUAUCUGACCGUCUGGUCUUGUUCUCUCCUUCCGAACCAAGCAUAUUGCCGUCCGUAUUCUUGGGUCUGAAUCCUUCCGCGAUCCAAAAAUAAAAAUAGAAAGAAUCCUUCAACAUGCCUGGCGCCGGCGAGAGGGGCAUCGGCCUCCUGAUUGUUAUCAUCAUCUUCACCACCGUCGAUGCCGUCGUGCUGGGCCUGCGGGCGUGGUCCGCGAGGUUGAUGAGGAGAUCCUUCUAUUGGGACGAUGCGAUGAUCAUGUUUGCGUUUGCCAACUUGGUGGCGUUGGAAGGCGUAGCCAUUUGGGCCAUCUACAACGGCCUAGGUAAACACACAAGCGAGUUGAAUCUGAGUGAAUAUGCCGUGCAGUUCAAGCUCAUCCUCGCCAGUGGCGUGACCUGGCUGCUGGGAACCGUCUUCAUCAAGAUGGCCAUCUUGUGGCUCUACACGAGGCUCUUCUGCACGGCCCAGUUCAAGCGCUGGUCGCGUAUUCUCAUGGGCGUCACGGGUGCCUACGGCGUUGCCUUCCUCAUCCUGUUCAUGAGCAGAUGCGUGCCCGUGUCCCAGCAAUGGAACCCCGUCCCGGGCGGCCACUGCCGCGACAUCACCAUCGACCAGAUCGUCUCGGUGUGCAUCAACAUCGUCCUCGACAUCGCCAUGACCGCCCUCCCUAUGCCGAUGCUCUGGGGCCUCCAGAUGCCCCUGAAGAAUAAGAUUGCUGUCAGCGCCAUGUUCGGCAUGGGCCUUGCAACCAUCGCCAUCAUGAUCUGGCGUCUCGUUAACACCAUCACCACCAUCGGGGACCCCGACUUCGUCUACAACCUCCACGACAUUGGCCUCGUCAGCCUCCUGGAGCUGUGGAUCGGCAUCGUCAUCGCCUGCCUGCCCACCUUGGGUCCCCUUUUCAAGACAUACGUCAAGCCCGCCGUCUCAAAGCUGACAAACCCCUCGAGCAACAAGGGAUCGGUGCAGCUGAAGGACAUCACCAGCAGCAGCCACAGCACUCGCGCGUCCCGUCGGGUCUACGGGAAGCUCGGCGACACCGCCUCCAUCGAUGACCUCGAGCGCGCCGAGCUGGCAAAGAACGGCGCCGUCACGACCCGGUGCCAGUUCUCCCCGGAAUACGCGCCACCCCGUAACAGCCAGCCGGGCAUCUAUGUGCAUCAGAACAUUGCAUCGGAGACAUUCCCGCGCGAAGGAUCACGGUUUUAAGCCUAGUGCGUGCGGUGGUCACAGCCAGGGUUAUCGUUUACGGCGUUUAAGGGUCACGUUGCUUCUUGAAUGUUUUCUUUUGUCGUACCUUUGUAUACCCAUAGUGGGCUCUUCUUGACGGUUCUCUUCUCUCUUGGUAUAUUUUGUCUAGUGUUUUUUAUGUUAUUUUUGAAGUUUCUCAACUCGGCAAUCAAAGUCUGUCUGUUGAGUGUUCAAUCUUCUCUCCCUCUCCCUCUCUAAAGUGAUUUGUGGCCCAGAAGUUCUCGGGAUCUGCAGCUACUACCGUCGUAUACCACAAACAAACUUCCGGGAGCCACAAGCCGACCCCUCACGCAAUCAAUUCCAGACAGGCUUCAGCCCUCUGCCAGGAGAGACCUAGGCCGAUAUGGGGCCCAUCGUCGAAGAAAGGGAGGAGGUUUGAUGUUGGCUCGUUUAUCCGAAAUUACUCAUCCCCCCCUUCGCCUCCGUUCU